UAAUUAAUAGUGUUAUAUUUCUGUAGCUGUGGGUCAGAAACCUCAAAAUAUGAUCUAAGUCUGGCAGCGCUGGAGUGGAGGCAGCGUUGUGUUCAAACCCAGCUGGUGGUGGGUCUGGCGUGUACCUUUUACUCUGUGCUGUUUUUACCUCCCUGACUGAUAAUUAUUGCCAUGGAGGACGAGAAAGAAAACGACACAAGAUUAGUCAUGGGAUUCAAGGCGAGCAGACGGAGGCAGUCUAUCUUGAAGGAAUCUCCUGGGAGGAACACUAUUGAAGAGAGACGCUCAAUCAUUUUUAAGAAGAGAGUGUCCUUUUCAGGCACAAAUACAGUCAAGGAGUUCAAGCCCCAACGUGGUGGUAAUACUGAGUGGGACAGUUCCUAUGAGCUGCCAGCACCACACCAUGACAGCUCUUCAUCCAUGUGCACCACAGACAGAUCAAUCAGGUUUGAUGGAAAUGUCAUUGGUAAUGAAGGAGCACCUGCACCUCCACCACAAGUCCACAGCACCCAUCAGAAGGAUGCUGACGAGGGUGUAGCGGAUGAAGAAGAUGAGAAUAGUUGUGACUCUACGAAUUUCCUAAGGAAGUUUUUAGCCCUUACUCCUGCAGAGGCAUCCAACCCUUCUUCAGUUCCAGAAAGGGGUGACACUGCCACAGGCCCAAACAUACAGAGCAGUUGUAUUGCAGCACUCCAAACCAUGCCACUAGCUCAGAACCCUCAUGUCAAUCAACCAGUUCAGCAGCCUGCACCCCCACUACAACUUUCAGCCACUGCACAAGCAAGUGUUGAUGAUGAUGACAGUGAUACAGAAAUGCAGAAAAACAUUCUUUCUCAAUUUCUUGCUUCUUCACUCGUCACUGAGACUGCUUCCCAGCCAUCAACACCACCAACAGAAGAGGAUGCUGAUGCAGCAACUGGACAAAGCAAUUUUCUCAGUAAAUUACUUGGCCUUCCAUCAGUUUCAGGAUCAGAGCCUGUAACCAAGCCAUUUAAUGGAAGUGGCAUAACCUGCCCUGUGAGUCAGACCAAUGCACUAUUGCAAGACAGUAUUAUGGAGAUGACCUGUCAGGUUACCAAACCAACCUCUGAUAUAGAAAUGACUAACCCUGUGGACCAAUAUAGCAGGAAGUCUUUAGGGAAACAAGACAUGGAGAUGACCUGUACUGUGGAACAGGCCAAGAAAAGUCUGGGGAACCAAGACAUGGGGAUGACCCAUCAUGGAAGUCAGGAUACAAGGAAAUCUUUAGGAAACCAGACCAUGGAGAUGACCUGUACUGUGGAUCAACUCAUCAGCAAAUCCAAAAACCAAGAAAUUGAUAUGUUGUGUCCUGUGGGUCAGAACGUUAAACCACCAAAAGAUUUGAACCAGACCAUGGAAAUGACCUGUCCUGUGGGUCAGGCCACCAGACCAAACCUGGACCAGACCAUGGAGAUGACCUGUCCUGUGGGUCAGGCCACCAGGCCAAACCUGGACCAGACCAUGGAGAUGACCUGUCCUGUGGGUCAGGCCACCAGACCAAACCUGGACCAGACCAUGGAGAUGACAUGUCCUGUGGGUCAGGCCACCAGACCAAACCUGGAACAGACCUUGGAGAUGACCUGUCCUGUGGGUCAGGCCACCAGGCCAAACCUGGAACAGACAAUGGAGAUGACCUGCCCUGUGGGUCAGGCCACCAGAGCAAACCUGAACCAGACCAUGGAGAUGACCUGUUCUGUGGGUCAGGCCACCAGGCCAAACCUGGACCAGACAAUGGAGAUGACCUGUCCUGUGGGUCAGGCCACCAGACCAAACCUGAACCAGACCAUGGAGAUGACCUGUCCUGUGGGUCAGGCCACCAGACCAAACCUGGAACAGACCAUGGAGAUGACCUGUCCUGUGGGUCAGGCCACCAGGCCAAACCUGGACCAGACAAUGGAGAUGACCUGUCCUGUGGGUCAGGCCACCAGGCCAAACCUGGACCAGACAAUGGAGAUGACCUGUCCUGUGGGUCAGGCCACCAGGCCAAACCUGAACCAGACCAUGGAGAUGACCUGUCCUGUGGGUCAGGCCACCAGGCCAAACCUGGACCAGACAAUGGAGAUGACCUGUCCUGUGGGUCAGGCCACCAGGCCAAACCUGAACCAGACCAUGGAGAUGACCUGUCCUGUGGGUCAGGCCACCAGGCCAAACCUGGAACAGACCAUGGAGAUGACCUGUCCUGUGGGUCAGGCCAAGAGACCAAAUCUGAACCAAACCAUGGAGAUGACCUGCACUAUGGAUCAGGUCACCAGAAAAUCUUUAGGAAAGCAGGACAUGGAGAUGACCUGUGCUGUGAGUAAGGUCACCACACCAUCUCUGGACCAAAUCAUGGGGAUGGCCUGCCCUGUGGGUCAGGUCACCAGGUCAAACCUUGAACAAACCAUGGAGAUGACUUGCACAGUCGAUCAGGUCACUAGACUACCAAAGAAAGCAGAGGAGACCAUGGGGAUAACCUGUCCUGUGGGUCAGGUCACUAAACUAAACCUAGACCAGACUAUGGAGAUGACCUAUCCUGUAGGUCAGGUCACAAGACUAAACACUGAACAUACCAUGGAGAUGACCUGUCCUGUGAGUCAGGUCACAAUACCAAACUCUGAACUAACCAUGGAGAUGACCUGUCCUGUGGGUCAGGUCAUUAGACCAAACCUUGAACAGACCAUGGAGAUGACCUGUCCUGUAAAAUCAAAUGCUGAACAGACCAUGGAGAUGACUUGCACAGAGGAUCAGCUCACUAGACUACCUAAAGAAGCAAAAGUGACCAUGAAAAUGACAUGUCCUGUGGGUCAGGUCACUAGACCAAACCUGGACCAGACCAUGGAGAUGACCUGUCCUGUGGGUCAGGUCACCAGGCAAAAUCUAAACCAGACCAUGGAGAUGACAUGUUCUGUUAGUCAGGUCACCAGGCAAAAUCUGAAGCAUAGCAUGGAGAUGAUCUCUCCUGUGAGUCAAGUCACUAAACCAAACCUGGACCAGAGCAUGGAGAUGACCUGUCCUGUGAGUCAGCUCACUAGACCAAACCUGGACCAGAGCAUGGAGAUGACUUCUCCUGUGCAUCAGGUCACAAGACCAAACACUGAACAGACCAUGGAGAUGACCUGUCCUGUGGGUCAGGUCACCAGGCCAAAUCUGAACCAAACCAUGGAGAUGACCUCCACUGUGGAUCUGGUCAUGAGACCGAACAUUGAACAAACCAUGGAGAUGACCUGUCCUGUGGGUCAGGUUACCAGACAAGCUAAAGAAGUUGACCAGAUGAUGGAAAUGACGUGUUCAGUGGAUCAGGUCACCAGACAAGAGGAAAAAUGUGAAACAGUGGAAAUUGCCUGUGGUACAGGGCAGAUCACCCGGAUAACCCAAGAGGAUAAAACAUUGGAGAUGGCCGGCACAGUGGAUCAGGUCACCAGUAAAUCCAAGAGCCAAAAAAUGGAAAUGACAUGUCCUGUAAUUUUAGUCUCCAGUCCUUCUAAAGAAGUAUCCCAGACUGUGGAGAUGACCUGUACCACGGAGCAAGGCGCUAGAAAACCUUCAGGAUAUCAAAACAUGGAAAUGACCUGUAGUAUAGGUCAGGUCACCAGACUAAACUUGAACCAGACCAUGGAGAUGACAUGUCCUGUGGAUCAGGCCACCAAACCAUGCACAGAAAAGAGCCAGGCUCAUCAGGAUGCCCAACCAACCCUCAUUAUGAAGAUUAACAAAGUAUCAGUUAUUGAUUCUGAUGUGAUGACCUCACCUAUGUGUCAGGUCACUAGAGGACUUGCACUAAACCAGAGUAUGAAGAGGACCCAGAAUGUGGGGUAUUCCACCAGCAUAGUGGAAGAGAUGAGUGCUACAGUGGAUCCUGACAUUCCUGAGAAACAGAAAACAUCAAUCCUUGGCAAGCGCUCCUCCCCUUCAAGCCAUACUGAUGAGUCGUCCUCUAAACUGUUUGCACUGAGUCCAGAACGGUGUGAUCUCGAACUCUCUUCUUCCUUCACCUCACUUGCUUCCCCAUGUACACCCUCUCCAAGCCCAGUGGAAUCCAGGCCUCCUCACUUAGUUGCCUUUGAACUACAACCCUCUUCACCCUUAGCCUUGCCUCUCUCCACAGCUCUUUUUCCACUUGCACCUCAAGGUGAUGUCCCUGAACAACCUUCACACCCAGCCAGUUCCCCUGAGCAGCAACCUUCCUGUUCCACUCUUAUCCUUCCCUCUCCAACUCCUCUGUCAGAACCCAUUGUAUCACUUACAGCAGGUCCCUCUAGCAAUGAGCCUAUCUUGCCAUCCACAACACAUGCUCCCUCACCUGCCCCAGCCAGCCCUCCCCCUCCACAGUGUCCUGGCUGGUGCUCCCUACAGGCUGGUUCACUCAUCUCUAAUCCCUAUCACAGUGGGUACAAGUGGUGCAUUAUAGAGGCUGAUGGAGACAAAUGGUGCCUGAGCCUGGUGCACACUACCCUGCAGGUGUUCCUCACUGUGGCACACCACCAGCGCCUUCACCUCAUCAUCACCAAUGCUGACACAAACUUUAAAAGUGAGAAUAUGACAAAGCCAAUGGCAAAGCUGGUGCUGCAGGUGCUGGGAUGCCGCCUCGAUGCCACACUCACCCCCUUGACUGGCCUGAUGCUGUGUGAGGCAGCCCCGGCCCUGGACAGGGUGUUUGAAGCUUACCACAGUAUGCAUGACCUUAUGUUGGAGCUCCAACUUAUCAAAUUAUUUCACAUCACCAAGAUAACUACAGACAGUGUGCAGGUGACCCUGAGCAGCUACAGACACCACACAACCCUGGAGGUGGAGGUGCGACUGGAGCCACCCUCACCACACCCCUCUGACCCGUACACCCUUCACCCAUCAGUCUCCCUUAGCAUUGGAAAGCUGAGAAAAGAGGCAGUGGAGGCAGUGAUAGCAGAUGUAGCACCAGGCCCACAGCAAAUUCAGAGACUGGUAACUGCUGUGCAUCACUUGGUGAAGAGCAACUGUGCCUGUUAACUGACUCUAGAUAGGUCUUCCUACAAUCUGUCCCUAUUUUUGUUUUGUACACUAUCAUUUUCGUAUCAGGGUGUGGCAUCUGAGAGCGCUUUAUUUUUAUGAAGAAGAUUUUACCUAGAAACAAAUUUUGGCCUUUUUUAUUAACUGUUCAUUACGGCACUUACUCCCUUGAUUUGUUGUACCACAGAAGUUACCAACAAUUAAGGCAUUCCUAUCCCUCUGUCCUCAUGCCUUUAUCAUCUCCUUUGUCAACAUUUACAUUGAGGUAGUAGUUUCAAAAUCCUGGUAUCUCAGAGGAGUUACAUUUAUAACCGCAUUCUUUUGGGUUAAAUUGGUGGAGGAAUUAAGAUAUUCAGGUAUUCCAGCUGACUACAAUUGUGCCUUUAACUGUAUCAAGUUACUCUGUAUUCAUGAGCUUAUAUUUUAUUAAUGAAAUCAUCUAAAUAAAUGUUUUAAGUUAGA